AUGUCUACAACAAAAGGUAAACAAAAAAUAUCAAAAGUUACUGGUGUUCAUGGUAAGUUAGUUUUUCAAUUUUUUUUUUGGUUUAGGUUUUACUUUGGGUAUCUGAUGUUGUACAUGAGUGAACUGCUGAAUUUUAGUGUUGAAUUGUCGUGAAUAGGUUUUAGAUAGCAGAACAAUACUAUAGGCUUACUUUUGAAAGUAUUUUUGAGUCUGUGAGACGGAUUUUGGCGGAGGGACAUUGAUAAUUGUGGGCAGAGUUCAGGGUUUUUUGUGUUGUUGCGGCUUUUUGAUCGAAGUUAUGUGAAGAACUAGGUUUUAAGCAGACAGUUGUUGUGAAAAUGUAGAAAAGGGUGUUGUGAAUGAUAUUCAUCAGGUUGUCAAGAUGUUACAGUAGCGAACGUUGAGUAUUUUGAUGUUGUUUAUAACACACGGGGAUGUAUUGAUCUUAUUACCUAAAACAUUAUUUUUUCUUGAAUUUUGUGAGAGUUAGUUGCGUUUAUGAAUAACUAGGCUUAGAGAACAGAUAAUGGUUUUUAAAAAAUUUAAACAAGCAUUGGUUUAAUAAUAAAUGGCAGUUUUAUAACCAUUUUCUUGGUUGACUGACUACCUUCAGUUUUGUAAAUUUUACAAAACAACUCCAAACCAUUUUGUUUCAACUUUUAACAUUGUUUACAGCUUAAAUUACAGUAGUAUGACGUAGUGCGGGCUUCGAGAGCGCUGUGUGUUUCUUUUUGCUACGUUUUUGCCCGCAGGCCCUUUUUUUUCUUUUUUCUUAGAAUUUGGUUUAUUUUUUUGCGAAAAAAGUUUGCAAGUUUCAUGGGUUUUAGCGGAUUUAAACAUGAAAAUAUUAAAAACAGUUGGUUGGAGCAAAGUUUUAAAUGUACUUUUAUUAGUUUUGGGUUUUGGUUGAUUUGAAAUUUGUAAAAUACGCAUCUGUGUCUUCUUGUUUAUAUUAUAGUAGGCGAAAAGUGGAUUUCUUGGAGAUCUUGCUUAAGAACAUAGGAUUUAUUAGUGGAUUUUAAUUGAGAAAGGAGGUUUUAUUAGAUUUUUUAAAGAAACGAAAAUUUCAAUGCAUUUUUGCAUUGGAAAUGAGGUUUUUUAAAAGAUUAGAAGUGAGGAUUUUAAUGCAUUUUAAUGUUAAAAAUAAGGAUUUAAUUAAUUUUAUAAUGUUUUUAACAAAUAACAAGGGUUGUUAAUAUAAAAUGGCAAAACACAUGGAUUUAAAAGAUUUACCACGUGUUUAUGGCCGAAAUAUGUGUAUUAACAUUGGCCUCAUGGUUAAUACCGAGGGAGUUCGAUGCCUAGUUGAAGGUAAUUGUGUUUAUAAAAGAAAAUGUUGUUAUAUGUAUUUUCAAAGUAUUUUUGUUAAAAUUUGAGGGUUUUAAUGAUUGGAAGUUGAUAAAAUGAAGUUUUAAGGCCUGUUUAUAGCUAAAAUACCUUCGUUUAGUAAUUUUUAGGUAAUACUUGUUAAAAGUAUUCAAAAAAUUAUUGUAAACUUUCUAAAAUUAUAGAAAAAGUAAUUGUAAGUAUGAAAAUAUGAAUUUUGUCAAUAAUUACAGGGCAUGUCUAAGCUGUAUGAUUAUGUUUUGAACAUUGGCCGGGAGAUAAUUGGCCGAAAUCAGCGGUUUUAAGCUGUAAUUGUUCUAAUUUUAGAGGGUUUUGAGGUAAAACGGGGUGUUUACAUCAAUAUACUUGCUAGUCUGAUAAAGUAUAGGGUAGGGCAUGUUAGGAUAUGUACGGCAUGGCAGAGUAGGUAAGGGUGUGAAAAUGUAGAGUAGAGUAGAAUAAGAUAAGGUAUGGUAAGAUGAGGAAAGGUUUGAUAAGGCAAGAGGAAAUAAGGUAAGGUAAAGUAAGUAGAGGGAGUAUGGUAGGGUAGGAUAGGUUGAAAAAAUUGAAAUUUUUACUAAAAUAAAAAAAUUUUAAGUUUUGUUACCUAAACUUUAAAAUUUUGAAAAUGCUUUGCUACCCAAAGUUUAAAAUUUUUGAUUAAAACCAUUAAAAUUUAUGACCUCAAGCUAUUUUUAAACAUUUUUUAAGUUUUGUAGCCUGCGAUUUUGAAUUUCAAAAAAUUUUGUUACCUAAAUUUUGAACUUUUUUGACAGAGAUCUCAAAAUUAAUAGUCUAAAUCUAAUUUUGGAACAUUUUUUAAGUUUGCGAUCUAAGAUUUUGAAUUUCAAAAAAUUUUGUUACCUAAAUUUUGAACUUUUUUGACAGAGAUCUCAAAAUUAAUAGUCUAAAUCUAAUUUUGGAACAUUUUUUAAGUUUGCGAUCUAAGAUUUUGAAUUUCAAAAAAUUUUGUUACCUAAAAACAAAAAAAUAAUAAAAGUUCGAGGAAUAGUAGUCGUUUGCCUUCUCAUUUUUAAUCGCAAACACAAAAGAAAUGUAGCAUGAGGUCGCAAAAAUAUUAAUAACAUGGGAUGUCAUGGAUGUUUAAUGUAAACAGUAGUGUAAUGUGGUAGUUUUAAUUGCUUUUUGUUGGGGCGGGGUUUUUUUGGAAUUUUUCACGAUUCAGUUUUCUUUUUUGCUUAUUUGGCAGGGGUGAUUAUUAUAUUUUUUUGGUAGAAGAGGUUUUCUUUAAUAUUUUUAACGUUUUGAGAUCAGUUGGAGCUAAAUACCCUCAGGGUAUAAUUUAAUAAAUGUUCUUUGAAUUAAUAAUUUUGUUAUUUAAAUAUCUAAAAAUGGGUUUAAAUCUGAAAAUUUUAAAUUUUUAGGUAAUAAAUCUUAAAAUCUAGUCUAAAAACCCUGACUUUUUGGCCUAUCAGAGACCGAAAUCGUAAAAAGCAGACGACAAAUUGGGGGUUUGAACUUUGUUGAGUAAACAAUGAUAACAAGAAAAAGUUGAAUUAGCUGCACAAAAGCGAGCAAUGGUAACCAAGUCACUUUUCAUAACAAAAAAGUGUCUUUGAGUUGCACUAAUAUGGUUAUUGAGUUUUAAAAUUUAAAAAGGUUUUUAAUUUAUGGGGGCUUUGAGGUCAAUAUGCCGUUUUUUUAAUUCUUGGGCUUAAGGUUGAAAAAAUUUAAAUUAUGGCUGGAUUUUUGGGUAAAAUACGGGGAAUUAAUUAACUUGGCUAAUAUACGCGUUCGAAAAUGUUUUUUGCAACAUAAUUUGUGUUAUUUGAUAUUACACUUGAUGUCAAUUUGGGUCCCACCACGAAAACAGAACUUAUUUUCGUUGACGUUGUCGGGGGGAUUUUAGCGGUUGUAUAGAUAAAUGGGUGUAUGUAAUACUUCUUUGUAUCAUAUAUUAGACCGUUUUAAAUUUUUAAAAAGUAUAAUGAUUAAUAUUAUAUUACACUUGACGUCAAGUUUGGUCUCGCCACGAAAACAGUGAUUUUUUAAACUGUAGUUUUUAGUGGGAUCUUUGGGAUUGUAUAGGUAAACUGAACUAUAAGACUGCAAAUGUAUUAUGUAUUGAUUGGGUUCUGCCACGAAAAUAUGAAUUUUUUAAAUUGACUUUUUUAAUGAUAAUUUAGGGAUUAUAUAGGUAAACUGAGGUCUAUAAUACUGCACUGUGUCAUAUAUUGAACUUUUUUUGCAUUUUUGAAAGGAUGUGACGAAAAUUAUAUUACACUUGGCGUCCAACUUGGUCCCAUCACGAAAACUGUUAUUUUGUGAAAAAAUGUUUUGCUUUGUGAGCUGUAAAGAAAGUUUUUGAAGUCAAAAUAAAAAUUAACAGAAAAAAACAUACCGUAGCAUUUGAAAACGAUUAAUAACUCAUGUAAUUAACGUAAUCAACCAUGAUUCAAGGCCGAGAAUAGAAGAUUGUUUUGGGAUUAGAUGGGAGUUUCGAAGAAUCGUCUCAUAGAUUAUGUUUUAAUUUGGGAUUUGACAUUGGAUUAUAAUAAAGUAGUUGUUGCUUUAAAGUUAAUAGCGUUCAGGCACGUUUUUUUUCGUAGAUUAUUUAGUUGUUUGGAGAACAAAAUAAGGAUUUUUGUAUUGUAUGUUGGGAUUUGGCCGUACAUAAGUUGGGAAAUUCGGUCGUACACAAGUUUGAUAAAUUCGGCCGUACAUAAGUUAGGGAAAUUCGCGCGUACGCAAGUUUGAAUUUUGGAAAAUUUUAAUUUUCUAAUGUAAAUCACGAUUUUAAAAUAUUUUAAAGUAAACAAGAUUUUUUUUUAUUUUCAGUACCACACUUCCAACCAGGCCGCCUGGUACUGGCCGAGUACUGUGGCGCACAUUGGCCGAGUGUUGUGGAUAAGGACUUGCACAAAAAGGUCCGAUUCGUCUUUUUGCCAUACAAAAAAGGCGACAAACCCUUUACCAAGGCCAGAAGCGUGCUGAUUCCGAUUACAAACGCUAAGCAGGUAGGCGGUUUUGUUACUUAAAAAUUUUUUUAAAAGGUUUUUAAUUUUAAAUUUUUUGAAUUCAAAGUUGAUAUUGGACUCUACCUUACCAUAACCUACUUACUCUAACCCUAUGAACCUUAAUUCUGCCAUUUUCAGUUAGAAAUCACGGAAAGCGAAGAAGAAUCGGCCGAAUUCUCACUAGCCUUCCAAAUUGCUCGUUACCUAUUCAAAAUAGGACCGGAAGCAUCAGCACCGAUCAUUCACCAUCCAUUAUCCCGAGAACAGUACGUUACCGCACUGUGCCGAAAACCAAUUCAGUACGAGUUUUUGGGUACCAAAUCUGUAUCAGCCUUACCUUUAAAGAACAAGGAUUUAGAAGUUGCGACUGAUCUUGAUCUACCCGAAGCGACGUUGCUCAGGUUGCAGUCGAACAUAACCGGAAUAAUGUUCAAAACGUUCCCAAAACGGUCGAAAAAAGAAGUGGUCGUACUCGACGACACAGCACUGCUACAGGAUCUGGAGAAUGAGAAAGAAAAGAAUUCAGAAGCGAAAGACAAGAGAGGAAGAAAGCCAAGACAGAAUGUGAAUGAAGAAGCCGAUGAACUCGAGAAUGAAGCCGGCUUCAGUGGAUUCGAGGGCACGGACUAUGAGGUGGACUUGCCUGAAGGGACGUUUGAGGGUGGAGGUAGGGAUUUUUGGUAUUAUUUUCAGGAUUUGGUACAUUUUUUUGGGUUUUGGUACUAUUUUUGCGUUUUUGGUACUCUUUUUUUGGUUUUGGUACUGUCUUUGCGGUUUUGGUACUGUUUUUGUAGUUCGUCACCUUUUUUUUUUUGAGGCUUGGUACUGUUUUUAAGUUUUUGGUACUAUUUUUUGGUUUUGGUACUUAUUUUUGGAAUUUCGGUACCAUUUUUAAUUUUUGGUAUUAUUUUUAUCUUUCAGUACUAUUUUUUGAGUUUUGGUACUAUUUUUGAGUUUUUGGGACUAUUUUCGGAUUUUGAUACUAUUUUUAAGAGUUUUGGUACUAUUUUUGGUUUUUGGUACUAUUUUUAUGAGUUUUGGUACUAUUUUUUAGUUUUGAUACUAUUUUUUUUUAAUUUUAAAAAAUGGAAUAAAAAUAAUGAAUUUUUAGCAAUUCCAACUACUUUCGACGCCCCAGUCCUCACAAAAUUCGAUGCAGACAGUCAAGAACAAUCGACCAGUCAAGCGCCAGAAUCCGGUGAUGCACCACUAAAGCGAAGUCAACGAAUCCGAGACCAUCGCUACGAUCAGCUCAUGUCUCGAUUCAAACCAGUCAAGCGGCCUGGCCAUCUGAAGAACAUCAAGCUGGAAGCGGAAGAGAAGUUUCUAGGCCAGAAGCGAAAGUUCCCGGCUUCGGAAGGCUCUCCGGUGAAGAAGAUCUCUAGGCAAAUAUCGUUGAACGAGAAAUUGUUUGGUAAUGUGAAGGAUCCACUGAGUCUGGAGGAGCUACAGGCUUUGGACAAGACCGAAGUUUAUUUGGCUGUGGUUCCGAACAAACUUUGCUAUGGAUUAUGGCCGAUUUUGGUAAGAAUUUGAAGGGUUUUGUGUUAUAAAUGAGGUUUUUGAUUGUUUUGCGUUGAAAGUGAAGUGUUUGGUCUAAAUGACAAUUAAAAUCAUUCGGCCGUACACAAGUUUUAAGAAUUCGCGCGUACAUAAGUUGGAAAAUGAAAUUUCUAAAUUUAUUGGCUUUUACAUUCGAAAUGAGGAUCAUUUAUAAAUUUUGUAUGAGAAAUGAAAAUUCGGGUUGAUUUUGUAUUUAAAAUUAGGGUUUUUAUUAUUUUUUUGGUAGAAAAUGACGUUUGAGGCAAUUCAGCCGUACAUAAGUUGACAAAGAGGGUUUUAAAUUUGUGUUUUUAUGGAAUUUGAAAAAGACAAAUAAUAUUUUUGAUUGGUUUUGCAUUAUCAUAAGUGGUUUUAAAAUUUUCAAAACUUUUUUUAAAAAUUUGAAGAAAAAAAAAUUACAAAAUUAAAUUGAAUUUUUAGAUUGAAGACGUCGAUUUAACCACAAAAAUGAUGACAUACCGCGCAUUUUUGACCACUCCACCCGCAGAAACCAUAAAAUACGACCAAAUUUACCGUUUCCCGGUCGAUCUACUCGAAUAUUUUAUUGAAAUGGCAAAGAACGAGGCGUCAGCCGAACUGGAAUCGGCUCUAACUCAAGUCAAGCGAACCUACGAACUUCAUAACAAGUACAACAACAUCAAACAACGUCGUCUAAAUGAGCCAGAGGUCGGUUUGGAAGAGAUGGACCUCCAGGAAAUGAAAAUGGAAGCCUUGUCGAUAACUGAAAGCGAAGUCAACGGAAAGAGACGGAAGGUGAAUGGGUUUGACUUCAUCGAUGAUAUAAAACAACAGCUGGAAGAGUUUGUGAAAUAUGAUGAAGGAUCGAUGGCUGAGGGAGAGUCAAAGGUUCAGGAGGAAGAGUAAGGAUUUUUAUGAGGUUUAGCAUGGGUAGGGUGAUGUACUUAAUGUUCCAUACCUUUAACCAGGUACAGGAAAGCAUAAAAAGGUCUUGCUAAAGUAAAUUAUGGCAUAUUUUUAGUGUUUAUAGCUUAAAAUAGUGUGUUUUAUUAGAUUUUGUAAUUCGGCCGUACAUAAGUUGGUGUGAUUCGGUCGUACAUAAGUUGAGACAAUUCGCGCGUACAUAAAUUUGCAUUUUAUGGAUUUUAAUGGGGUUUAGAUUAGUAAUGAGGUUUUUUACCUUGGAAAUGAAACGCAAGCUUAAAAAAUUAUUAAAAGUUAGUUUAUAGCACCAGCUUUUUCGAUUUUUAGUACCGUGCUAUAUAGCACUUCCAAAAUUUUUUUAAAUUUUAUAUAGUACUAGUCAUUUAAGCUUUUUAAGAUUUUAGUAUAAUGCUAUAUAGUACUACUAACUUGCUAAUUUUCAGUCUUCUCUCUCCCAUCCUCACUCCAAUUCACACGGACUUGCAUGUUCAACUCCGCGACCUCACCUCCCCCACCGUAACCGCCCACUUCGAAGACAUUUGGAGCGAAAAAGUCACCAUCCUCGAACGCCGACGUCACACCGAAUUCAUGCGAAGCAUCAUGGAGAGUCGGCAGAACGUGUUCGCUCGAAUGCUGGGCGCCGCCACCCCCCGGCUAUGCCAUCAUCUCGUCGGAUACGGUGGGCAAGGCCUUCACCGAGUUCAGCAACCUAGUCAAGCUGGCCAACAAACUGCCGCGACUGGACGAGCUGGAGAGAGUGCGGUAUGUCAUCGAGGUCAUGUUCCCAAUCGCUAUCGAGCAGGUCUUGAUGAAGAAGUAUCAAAUGAGCGAGGAAAGUGUGGCCACAUGUCUGAAUUUGUGCGAUAAAAUUGCCAAAUUGAAGGAAUUCAGAUUGUAAGUGGACUAGACUGAGCUUUUUUAGUGUUUUCUAUGAUUUUUUGAUAACUUUUGCUAUAUUAUUCAUGAUUUUGGAUAACUUUUGCUAUAUUAUCCAUGAUUUUUUUGGUAACUUUUUCUAUAUUAUCCAUGAUUCAGAAGCCCAGACCCGAAACUAACCCAGGAGUUGAACUCCUUAAUGGCCCUGCAUGCGCCAUUAAUGUCCAAAAUCGAAGCUGCUACACUGUCAGAAGCGGCUGAAGACCUUACUAACGAAAACAUCGCCCCAGGCGAACUCACCUAA